GGGCCACCGAGGCGCCGACUCCACAGGGCUCACGAGCUCGUGUGUAAGGGAUUGGCACAGCCAAUUUGUUUCAGUGUGUGGAGAGCCUGAGUGAGGUGCGUGCAUAGUGGACCUAUAACUUGUGAAGAUGUGCAUGACUUAGACAGUUCGUUUUCAACACCAGACAACUGAACUUUCAUUAUCAACCACGACGGACAUAAUACCGUAUACAGAUCCUGUGCGUACUUUAUACGACUUUGGUUGGACUGCAAGGCGUCGACAGGAGAAUUGACCUUUCUUUCGCACAUGCACAGCGACGCAUGGGUGGAAUGCUUCUAACGAAUAAGGAGUUUAUUUCUUUACUUCGUCUUUGGAUAGCGUUGGGACAGUAGAGCGCGGUUGCAGCUCCCCUUUUCCCGCGGAACUCUACCUGGAUGGAAACCAUGUCACCACAGCAACAGAACGAGCUGAGCCGCAGGACGUCACUCACCGGCGAGUCCAAGACCAGCACGCAACAUGAACACAAGAGGAGGAUGAAGUCUCUGAGCCAUCGUCGACAGUCCGCUCCCUCUCUGGUCAUCAACAAAGCCCUGACCAGAUCCAGAACUUUCUCCAGAGAGAGCUUCCUGGUUCCUGUGUGUCCAGAGACGUGCCCAUUGGUCCAGUCGUUCCUGUGUCCUGAUAGGGCGUUCCUCCUGCACGGCCACGUCACGCUGAAGACAGGGCUGCAGACGCAGGACAGAGACCUCUUCCUCUUCACCGACAUCCUCAUCAUCGCCAAGUCCAAGUCUCCCACACACUUCAAGGUGAAGGCCCAGGUGUGUGUGGGUGAGAUGUGGACAGCCCAGUGUAUGGAGGACGUAUGUGAGGGCAGCACCAACCCAGAGAGGAGCUUCGUCAUGGGCUGGCCUACCUGCAACUGUGUGGUCACCUUCAGCUCUGAGGUCCAGAAGGAGAGAUGGCUCUACCCGCUCAAAAGUCGAAUAAAAGAGGAGAAGGAAAAGGAUGAUCCUAAAACCAUUCCGCUGAAGGUGUUUGGGAAAGGCAUCGGGAGUUGUGCUCAGGCCGUCAGUAAGACCUUGGGUGUCAGUAACUCUGAUUCAACCAAUGAGGUUGUCCGACUCGCUCUMCAACAGUUUGGUGUCACGAGCUGUGUGAAGGACUACCAGCUGUGGGUAAGCUCCAAGAGGGACAACGCCCCUUACCCUCUCAUUGGUCAUGAGUUCCCUUUCAGUAUCCAGAUGAGUCAUAUGCGGGAGCCUCUGUCCCAGCCGGGCCGCAGGGACACAGUUCCACCUCCAGACAGACAGAGGGCGAUGCACCGCGACCAGGUACAGGUGGACAAACAGUGCCAGUUCAUCCUAAAGACCCGAUGCAGCUCCACAACAACGCCUGUGAUUGUAGACCCAGCUCAGAAGCCCUUCAAGCGAAGGCGUUCUCUCAUCAACUGGGCUUUCUGGAAAGGCUCCAAUCCUAACCUCCACAGUUCCUCUACAAACCUCUCCUCUCCUGCCCCCGGCUACCUGUUUGGCCAAUCGCUGAGCACCAUCUGUUGGGACAACUCCCUGCCCAAGCCCGUCAUGGACAUGCUGGUGUUUCUGUACAACGAGGGUCCGUUCACGCGGGGGAUAUUCCGACGGUCAGCGGGGGCGAGGGCGUGUCGUGAACUCAGGGACAGACUGGACUCUGGGGCUCAGGAUGUCCCGCUGACACGGGAGCACGUCUUCAUCAUCGCUGCUGUGUUUAAGGACUUCCUGCGGAACAUUCCGGGCAGUCUGCUGUGUUCCGAUCUCUAUGAACAGUGGAUGGAUGUGAUGGAGGAAGCAGAAUCGGAGGAGGCGGAGGAGGAGGAGAAGGCACAGGAUAUAACGAGGCUGAUUGGUCUACUGCCCAAWYWGAACGCCCUMRUGCUACGCCACGUGGUUGCCGUGCUGCACGGUAUCCAGGAAAACGCCCAUGACAACCAGAUGAACGCCUUCAACCUGUCUGUGUGCAUUGCUCCCAGCAUGCUCUGGGCRCCYGGRCCCAGCAGCCCCGAGGUGGAGGGGGAGGGCGCCAAGAAGGUGUGUGACCUGGUGAGGUAUAUGAUAGAACACUGCCAGGAGGUCCUGGGAGAGGAUGUCACCUCUGUGUUUGGAGGUCUACCCCGGAAACGUGCCGAAUCGGACGUGUCUUCCUUCCACCUGACCGACUCGUCUUAUGACAGCCUGGAGAACAUGCUGAAUGAUGACAGCAGUGAGUCUCCAUGCCUCCACACCUCACGGCGGCGCUGGAGAGCCAAGCCCCUGCAGGGCAGCCUGGACUCGGUCCUCACCCUGAGUGACUGCGACCUGGAGCAGCCCGACCUGGACACAGACCCCGACACCACAGACCCCCAAUCUGGCAACCACCACCACCGUGAUACYAUCACACAACCUGGKUCUGGCAACCURCUCCAGCCCUCAACCCCAGCCCGYGGCAGGACCAGGAAACUCAGCCCAGCUGCGCCCCCCUCCUCCUGUCCCAGCCCCCCAGCUCCUCGGAGYGGGGGGAGGAGGUGCUCAGAGCCGGCCAUAGGGUACUCUGUGGCCAGCUUCAUGGCGCGACUGGCAGGGAACGCAGACAGGCUGGGRAGCAUCGAUGACCUGGCUGGAGGUGGGGAGAUGUUUCACAGCUUACGGAAGGAUGGACAGACACACGGACCCACACACACAGGGGASUGGAAUGGCAGUAAGGGUGUGUGUGAGGGUUCGGGGUCACAAGGUGCACAGACGCGACGCCGGGAUGCGAGCUACUCCAGUCUCUCUUCGCCGCCCACCUCCCCCACCCCCACACUUCGCCGCCCACCUCCCCCACCCCCACACGCUCCUCAGUGGACUCCCUGGACAGCCUCCUCUCCCACUCCAGCAUCCAGUCCGCUGCAUUCUGGCAACCCAGGUCUACCCAUCCCAGCUCCAGGCCAGGGGCCCAGUCUCAAUAUCUCCCCGCCGAAGGAGAUCCCUUCCUGGGGUACGCUGAAGGGCUGCAGGGGGCUCCAUCCCAACACCUGGUUGAAGAGAGGCCGCAGACUGUCGCUGUCGCAGCAGGAGGAUGAGGGAAGUGUGGUGGGUUCCACUAACAAGACUCUCCCCACUAGCAAGUCAUGUCAGGAUAAAGGAGGGCUGAAACAGUCAUCUGAGGACCCCCCCAAGUCCAGCCUGGCCAGCUGCCCCCCAAAGGCAGGAGGGUUGCAGAAUCGCGGCAGGCUGACCAAGGACCGAAGAUCCGGUCAAGGCUCGGUGAGCCCACCAUCAUCGCGCCAGAGGUCCCUGGAGCAUUUCCACUCCUGCCGCUCUCCCUGCUACCAACCAACAGACAGACCCCUCACUGUCAAAGAGCUGAGAGAGAUACACAGCCGGGCCUGCGCAGCGAGCAACACAGGAUAUGACGUCACAAACCAGGGCAGCCGUACCCCUCCCCAACAUGUGUUCUUUGGGCAGGGUGGACCCAGCUUGUCCCUAGCCAGGCAGAAGUCCCACUCCCUAUUCCCAGGCAUGGAGGGUCUCUCCGGGGGCAGGUGUUCCCAGCGCCGGAGCUCCGAGCCUGGGGCAGCACAUCUAGGUGAAGCCCUGGUUCUGAAUAAGGCCUCACAUCCGGAGAGGCUUCACAGAGAGGCCAAACUGGGUCAGAGGUCAAAGUCAGUGGACGGGUCCCAAGACCUGGGGUUGAAGGUGUCUGACACGGACCAAAGCGGGGCUCUGAAGUUUUGCCUGUCUCCCUCUGCCACCAAGGCUGUGAGGGACUAUUUCUCGUCUCACACGCGCAGCAAUCCCCAUAGUGGUCAGCAGGUGGCGCUAGCCCUGAUUCAGGGGCAGAGGGAGCGGCUCAGGAGGUGUAGUGAUCCCAUGCUGGAGCCUGACUUUGACCAACUGCUCUUUGCUGAAGAGUCCUACGUGUGA